GCAUAGCGGGACAACUCGCGAGGAACCUCUCACGGCAUUUAAAUUUAUCAUUGUUGGAUUCGGGAACAGCUUGGGGUAUUAGCCGGCUAAUAAAUGAUCCCGGUCAGCUUGUAACUGAAACAAAGAACUCACUUGUGCAACCAUUCGAACUUUGAGAGCUUUCGCAUUCACCAGGCCUUUUGACAACGACUCUUGUCAUUAACAAGCUGACGAGGUAUCCUAGGGAAUUUUUCUAGGACUGCUCCGUCUUCUCGUUCCAAUUUCACCCUGGCAGAAUUUCCCCAACCAAAGAUGCCUUCAGAAUACACUGCAUCAGAUGCCUUUUUCGAGGCUUUGUGGGAUUCAGGUGUCCGAGCUUGCUUCGUAAAUCUUGGCUCAGACCACCCGAGCCUUAUCGAAGCAAUACUGAAAGGGCAACAGUCGAGGAAGGACACAUUUCCGCAGAUAUAUACCUGUCCCAAUGAAAUGGUUGCGGUGUCUAUGGCUGACGGCUGGGCUCGCGCCACUGGCUCGCCUCAAGCUGUAAUUGUACACGUCGACGUCGGUACUCAAGCUAUUGCUGCCGCUAUGCACAAUGCCAACACUGGAAGGGCUCCAGUGUUUAUAUUUGCUGGUCUGUGUCCAUACACCGAAGGAGGGUGUGAUGGUUCCCGUACCGAGUAUCAGCACUGGCUUCAAGAUGCCCCGGAUCAGAAGGCUAUCAUUGCAGACUACUGUCGAUAUACCGGUGACAUUCGAACAGGUUCUACAGUGAAGCAAAUGGUUUUCCGAGCAAUGCAGCUAGCUUCUAGUGAUCCGAAAGGCCCGGUAUAUCUCACCGGCGCCAGAGAAGUCAUGGCCGAGAAGCUCAAUAAAGUGUCCACCAUCGACGAAAAAAAGCAUGGCCCUAUCGGACCUGCAGCUCUUCCUCAAGGAGCUGUCGAAACUAUUGCACAGGCUCUGGUCUCAGCCACAAAGCCCCUCGUCAUAACAGGAUACUCGGGAAGAAAUCACGCCUGCCCCGAACAGCUCGUUCGGCUCGCAGAAAGUAUACCAGGUUUACGGGUUCUGGACACUGGCGGCUGCGACAUGUGCUUCCCGGCGGGACAUCCAAGCUAUGUAGGAUUUUGCUUGAGCUUUGACCAGGUAACUACAGAGGCAGAUAUGAUAUUUGUCUUGGACUGCGAUGUUCCAUGGAUUCCAUCUCGAAACCCUCCUCGGGAAGCUUGCAAGAUCUAUCAAGUUGACAUCGACCCAUUAAACGCAACCAUCGGAUUCUCUUUCUUUCCCGCGAAUGGCAGGUGGAAAGCAGACAGUUACACUGCAUUGAAUCAGUUGAACCAAUAUCUUGCUGAGGCUCCUGAUCUGCAAGAAACCCUCCGGAACCCCAUUUACCGCGACCGGUGGGAGAUUCUGCAGAGAAAGCAUGCCAUGAAAGUUGACAAUCUCUCUAAAAUCGCCAUCCCGUCUCCCGAUGGUUAUCUGGAUAUUCAUCAGACUGGCGCCAUAAUAAAGUCAACGGUGCCUGGAGAUACUGUUUAUGUUGUUGAAGCUGCGACUUGCGCAAUGCCAUUAUCCGACCAGCUUCAAGUUCAGAAGCCUGGAAGCUGGAUUAAUUGUGGUGGUGCAGGUCUAGGUUGGAGUGGGGGUGCUGCGCUUGGAGUUAAGUUGUCUUAUGAUAUAAGUGGUUCACCGAAGUUCGUCUGCCAAGUCGUCGGCGACGGUACAUAUCUAUUCAGUGUUCCAAGCAGCGUCUAUUGGAUUGCAUCCCGAUACGGUAUACCGGUCUUGACCGUGGUACUCAAUAAUCGAGGUUGGAAUGCCCCCCGUAGGUCCUACGAGCUUGUCCAUCCUCAUGGUCUGGGCGCAACCGCCACGAACAAGCAAAUGCAUAUAUCUUUUGAUCCACCACCUGACUAUGGGGGUAUUGCUAAAGCUGCCGCUGGAAGCAGCUUUGGGGGCUUAGACAGUGGCGUUUUUGCAGCAAGAGCGAGCACAGCAAGCGAGCUGAAAGAGGUACUACAUCAAGCUGUACAAGCAGUUCAAGAUGGGAGGGGUGCUCUUGUGGAAGCUGUACUCAGUGUUGAUGAGAUGGGAGAGACCAUGGUCCAGAGAUAACACUAUUGUGCAAGAUAUAGAUUGAUAGCGCCAAUAUAAAGAUGUG